AUGAAGAAUAGAGGAUAUAGAGAGUUUAAAAUGAGUAAUUGCAGGAGUUAGAGAUAUUAUAAAAGAAAUAGGAUAAUUUAUAAGGAGAGGUUAUAGGGAGUAAUAGGAGGAGUUAUAGAGAGGAGUUAUAUGGGGUAAUAGGAGGAGAUAUAGGGAGAGGUUAUAAUGAGUAAUAGGAGGUGUUAUAGGGAGAGGCUAUAUGGAGUAAUAGGAGGUGUUAUAGGGAGAGGCUAUAUGGAGUAAUAGAAGUUAUAGGGAGAGGUUAUAUGGGGUAAUAGGAGGUGUUAUAGGGAGAGGUUAUAUGGAGUAAUAGGAGGAGUUAUAGAGAGGGGUUAAAUGGGGUAAUAGGAGGAGUUAUAGGGAGAGGUUAUAUGGCGUAUUAGGAGGAGUUAUAGAGAGGUUAUAGGGAGUAAUAGGAGGAGUUAUAGAGAGGUUAUAUGGAGUAAUAGGAGGAGUUAUAGAGAGGUAAUAGGAACUGGUAUAGAGCGAGGGUUUAUAUGGAGUAAGAGGAUGAAGAAUAGAGGAUAUAGAGAGUUUAAAAUGAGUAAUUGCAGGAGUUAUAUAGAGAUAUUAUAAAAGAAAUAGGAUAAAUUAUAGGGAGAGGUUAUAUGGAGUAAUAGGAGGAGUUAUAGAGAGAGGUUACAUGGAGUAAUAGGAGGAGUUAUAGGGAGAGGCUAUAUGGAGUAAUAGGAGGAGUUAUAGAGAGAGGUUUUAUAGAGUAAUAGGAGGAGUUAUAGGGAGAGGUUAUAUGGAGUAAUAGGAGGAGUUAUAGGGAGAGGUUGUAUGGGGCAAUAGGGGGCUUUGAAGAUAUUAUAUGAAGUAAUAGGAGAAGUUGCCGAGAAGUUUUAUGACGUACAAGGAGGAGUUAUUGCAAGAUUUUAUGAGGAGUAAUAAGAGGAGUUAUAGAAGAGAGUAUAAAGAAGAUAUUAUAAGGAAGAUGUUAUAUUGGGUGAUUACGGUUAAAUAAUAUUUGACAUCUAAAUCUUUUAUUUGGUAUAUGUGAGCCCUGACCUUAUAAUUUCACAGGAAACUGUUAUAAGCAACAGCAGUUAAAGGGUGUGACUGCAGAAAAUCGUUUGGAAAGUGCCUGUAAUUCAGCUGUGGAUUUUGGUAAGUGCCAAGAAAAAGUCAUUCAUUCUAUUGUGUGUGUGUGUGUGUGUGUAUGUUAAGUAUACAAAACAUUGAUGCCUCGUUCUGCCUCAGAGUAGCAUGCGCUCAUAAGAACAUGAAUUCUGCAUUGUGUCAGCUGUGUUCUGUAGUCAUGCUCAUCGGAAUGUCAGUGUUUCUUCUAUUGAUAAAUUAAGCUAGUGUAUUAAUACUCUGAAACCUUGAGCACACUAUGUACAUUUGCAGCUGGAAUGAGAUCUGAUGCCUGGGCUGACCACUAUAGCCAACUGAAUUCAAGUUGACGUGUGUAUUUUACAUUGUAGUUUAAAGAGGCCCUCACUGAAAUUAAAAAACAUGUACAAAUAUCAAAGGCUCCAUGGAUAAAUCCAUCAUAAAGGACAAAUCGAUCCCAGAUGGAUACAAUAAUUCAACUUUAAUGUUUUUUCACAAAACUUAACCUAUAAGUGAUUAUGUCAGAGAACCAUAAAAGUUUGGGUUAGCCUUUCUUGUAAACCUAAACUUAAUGUGACACUAUAGACACCCAGACCACUUCAGCUCGUUUAAGUGGUCUAGGUGCAAAUUAUUGUUGACCUGCUGAAAUGAUGCAUAUACAGGGUCUGAAAUAAAAGAUUGCACUGUAGACAUAGGUUUAGACCAUUACUAAUAAUUUUAGCCCAGGUCCCUAUUUAAUGGACUACUUUCUUUUUUCUUUACAGUGUACAAGGUAAAGCUUGAUGGCAUCGAGCCCCGGGAUAACUACAAUAAUUAUAUAAUGACAAUUGUGCGGGUCAUUAAACAAGGUAACUCACUCCGAUAUGUAAAAUGUUCAUGGUUUCGCUUACAAGCUAUCUAAUCCAAUAAGCUCUGAAUUUGCAAUAGUUAACAUGAAGAAAACAACUUGUGUCAUUCUGAAGCAAUUUAAAGACACAAUUUGCAUCAGUUUACUUCAUAAACUAAUCACUAAAAUGUUCAAAAUCUCUGAAUAGACUGAUUGGGGUGCCUGAAUGUAGAAGAAUCAAUUGAAAGUAUUAUUUCUUAGAUCUUCCUUGUUUUUAUCUUUCAGAUUGACUGGUAUUCAACGAUAACAUUCACAAGAUUUUAAAAAAUCAUUCAUUCAUUCAUUCAGGGCACUUGUCUUCACAAAAAAAAAAAUGGGACGUGGGAGAAUAAUAUAUAUAUAUCCACCAAAAUGAUUAUCAAUCCACUGAUAUUCAUCUGUUCUCACACACACGUUUUUUCACAUAAACAAUGCAUUGUGGUAAUUCGAACGGCAAAAUGUUCUCUAAAAUAGCUGAGCUGUAAAAAUAUUCUAAAUCCGCUAUAAUUACAGUUUGGCUAGUGUAGUUUAAAUUUUGUAGUGUGAUUUCCAAUUUUCAAAAUUUCACUGUUUGGUGAAAUUACCCGUCUAGGAUAGAGUUGGGCAAACCAAACAGUAGAUCACUAGAUGUUGAAGAACUACGCCUACCAUGACACUUUUUAUUUUAAAAGCUGACAAAGAAUUAUGGCAGUGGGUGUUCUGCAAUAUCUGGGGAUAUAUGUUUGCCCAACUUUUAGUGUAGAGUCUUUUGCUGUGACUGAUUUUCUGUACCAAAUCCUAGUUGGAUUUCCCCUUUCUACGCAACUCUUUUGAAGCAGCACUUCUUUUAACCUUGUUGCACACAUUCACACCCCCACCCAUUUUUUCUCCCUCAGGGACAGAUGAAAACGUUCUCCAAAACAAACGAGAUUUUACUAGUCUUAUAAAAUGUAAAAAUGCAUUGAAUUUGAAGAUUGGCCAUGAAUAUAUCAUCUGGGGCAUAGAUAAAGACAUUUUUAGUCUCGGAUCUAGGUAAGUGAAGAAACGAUUGAGUUGCAAUGGAAUUUUAAAACAAUGUAUAGUAAGUUAUUUCGAAUGAACUGCAGAAUAAUUGCUAGAUAUGUGUGUUAAGUAAAUAAAAUUACACUUUUUUUAUUUUAUUGUAUAGUUAACACAACUGAAAUACAAUAGACUUAUAAGAUCAAAUUACAGUUUCAAGUAAUAAAAUAACUUAAAAAAAAACACAAGACUAGAUCAGACAAGACCAGAAUGUAUGUGGCUGUCCAAUCACAGACUUCCCAAUGCAGCGUAUUGAAAAGUUUAUGCAGGGCAAGUGCUCUGGGCAAAAAUCAGGAGGGUGUCUUCCUUCAGUGCUGCUGGCUGAGGCUGGUGUGCCAAGUCGGCAUUUGCUCUGUCUUUUCCUCCAGCUUGCUCAAUACUGCAGGGGUCCGGUCGCGGUCUUAGACAGCUGUGGCACCUGAAUGGACACCUGUUUAGAGAUAUCCAUCGGGUGGCCCUAAAUGCUUGGGCCAUCCAACUGGCAAAUCACAGUGGAACCCCAAUUUUGUUCCCUAGAGUUCCACGGAACAUGAAUUGGGAAACGCUGCUCUAUUGAAAUCUGCACUUUCUGAAGUACUUUGUGUGUGUGGAGUGCCUAAUUAAUAUAAAUGCAAACAAAAUGGAGCAUCUAAAGAAAUAAGGUUAACACACUUAACUGUUACUGAUCUACCUCCCAGACUCCGAGGCACAGGGUGGGACAUUCAUCGUUCAAAACAGGGACCUCCUGUGUAUAAAAGUGUGUCUUUAUUAUUCCCAAUAAAGACCGUUCCUAUGUACCCUUCUCUUGGCUAGUGUUUGGAUGAGACAGCUACAACAGCUAUAAUCACUCAGGUAUCCAGCGCUCAAAGAGAGAUGGAGACACUUAAGCUGAGCUCUGUUACAACAGGAAUGCUUUAUUGGCUUCAAAUAUUAUUUUAUUAUUUAUAAAGUGCCAGAGAAUUCCGUAGAGCUGACCAUUAUAUACACAGACCGAUGGCAGGGGGUCAUUGACUAGAACAAUAAAGAUGCCACCCUGUGUCUGUGUCUGGGAGAAAACUAGAUCAAGUAACCGUGAUCGAAUCAAGGUGCACUAAACGAAUAUAUCCCCCCAAAAACACACAUUUAAACAGUAAACUCCACAUAUAUGGUAUAAUUAUGUGUCAUUUUACACGCAUUGCACUUAUAUUCUAAAUUCUGGUGUGGAAGACUCUCUUUCUAUGUUUGUUUCCCUAUGUUACAAGUUAUAUGGAUGAAAAUGUUUAGGAUGUUCUAGAAAAUAAAAUAAAUGUUAUAAAUAACAGUGAGAAUGUAUAGAGAGCUCUUUAAUUUUUAUGCAGUUCCUUUUGUAUUUAUAGUUAAUAUUAUCUUUUAACUUACAGUAGUGAUGGUGCGCAACAACAAAAAUCGUAUUCACUAUGGACCUCUUAUAGAGAGUGAAAGUAACCCUGUGUUCAUGAAAUGAGGUGUAUACAGAGUGGAAAUGUUAUUAGUAAUUGAAACACAAACAGUGGUUGUGGUAAAACAAAGCGCAAUCUGUAGGUAUACUUGCAAACAUGGAAAUCACUCUGACACCUAUUAAAGAGACAAAAACAGAAAGAGAGCUCCUAGUGCAGCAUAGUAAUUCACUUAUAGAUAUCUAAAAUAAAGCAAUAUAUGGAAUUUUCUUUGCGGUUUCCUGAGGCUGGUGAGCGGACUAACUACCUCCACAACAAGUUUUGCUGUUUUUUAAUUGUUAUUAAUAAAGUAUACUUACCUGAGAUCCGUAUUGCAAGCUUCUUUUCCACGGAUCCCACGCACUCUAGGGGCUGAUCCUCCCUGAGUGCUAUAGCAACGAGUGGUGCUUUUACCACUCCAAUCUUGUGAGUGUAAUACCCUAAGGGCACCUCUGUUUGCUUUAUUUUAUAUAUCUAUAAGUGAAUUACUAUGCUGCACUAGGAGCUCUCUUUCUGUUUUUGUCUCUUUAAUAGGUGUCAGAGUGAUUUCCAUCUUGCAAGAAUACCUACAGAUUGUGCUUUGUUUUACCACAACCACUUUUUGUUUCAAUUACUUAUAAUAUUUACACUCUGUAUACACCUCAUUUCAUGUACACAGGGUUACUUUCACUCUCUAUAAGAGGUCUAUAGUGAAUACAAUUUUUGUUGUUGCGCACCAUCACCACUGUAAGUUAUUUUAUGUUCACAUCGUUUUACCAGUAUUUGUUUUUGUUGGUUGCUGCAUGUACUAAGAUCCUUCUCCCAUUUGCACCAUCCUAUUUAUAAUCGUUUUUUUUAUUUUGAAUAUUAUCUUUUAGUUACACCUACAGCAUUGGAAAAGACACUUGGAUCGAGUGGUGGCCAAAUGACCAGGAGUGUCAGUUACCAGUCAAUGCUGAAACCUGUGAUAACUUGGAUCUACUUGCUGAAACACUGGAACUUAUUGGCUGCCCUAAAUAA